GGAAAUAAAGACCAUCAAACAUCUGUUAGGGAUAUCAAGAACAACAUUCAGAGGCCAGGAACUUCACUCAUGAAGAUAAAUAAACAGAUGCUAGACUAGAUGAUGCAAACCGCUCAGAGGAUGACGAAAAGGAAGAACAGGCUAAAAUUUGCCAAAAUUUACUGUACGUUUAGAGUCUUCAAUCGAACUACCACGCAUGUUUUUGGGAUGUGGGAGGAAACCGGAGUGCCCGGAGAAAACCCAUCCCGGCACGGGGAGAACAUGCAAACUCCACACAGGCAGGUCCCCCAGUCCCCAGAACUGUGAGGCUGAUGUGCUAACCAGUUGCUCACCGUGCCUAUUUUUAAAUCACUUCUCAAAACUCAUCUCUUCUUCUUGGCCCAUUGAGAUGUUGACUAUUUUAUCUUUAUUUCAUUGUCUUAAGUUUAUUUAAUUACACAUUUUUGUAUUUUAUUAGGCGGCACGGUGGUCAACUGAUGAGCACAUCUGCCUCACAGUUCUGAGGACCGUGGUUCAAAUCCCGUCCCCGUGCCUGCAUGAGUUUUCUCCAGGUCCUGAGAAAAUGGUGAUGUCAAAUGGCUUCUUCCUGAGGUCACUGGAGUCCUUGCAAGAAUAGCUCCAUCUUCAAGGAAAAUAAUCCUAUCAUGGCCACCCCCUAUUUCCAGGAGAGACUGACUAACCUCUUUCGUGGAUGGUGUAAAUGCUGAACGAAAAGACUACCUAUUAACAUAAAAAUCCAAAUCAUGUACUUUAGCUUUUACCAAAUUGGAGGGUCUUGUUUUAAUUUCUGUUGUAUACUUUCUGUUGUAAAGAAUUAUUUUUUUCGUCUGUGUGAGUGUGGACAGUGUGUGAGGUGAGAAGAAAGUGGCAGAAAGUUGUAACAACAAGAGAGAGAGAUGGUGCUCCACAUCACCCCUUACUCCAGUUCCUGUCUUCACUUCCUGGAUGGCUUGUCAUGGAGCCUGGUGUUCCCAUGUUACUGGCUCCUGGAUCAGCUCCUGGCCUCCUGCCUGGCCACUUCGCUCGAGAAGCGCCAGCGGUCUCAGGAUCCGUGCUCUCUCCUCACUUUGUGUGUCCUGAUAAUGGUGCCUGUUUACUUGCUCCUCCUCCUCGCCUCUCUGCCUUUUGCCUUACUGGGCUUCGUCAUCUGGGCUCCUCUGCAGGCCAUCCGUCAACCCUACCUGUACACCUACCACAGAUUAGAAAAGCACCAAUCGGAGCAAGGCGAGGCUGGCUCAGGGUUUGUUGGUGUCAAGGACUGGAGACCCCAGGGCAGGAGCUUUUGUUUCUGCAGUGCCAACGUUUGCCUGCUGCCCGACUCCCUGGCCAGGUUCAACAACCUUUCGGACACCCAGAAAAGAGCACGAGAAGUGGGUAAGAGGAUCAGAAAUGGUGCCUGUCGGCCUCAGAUUAAAAUCUACAUUGACUCGCCAACCAACACUUCCAUCAGUGCUGCCUCCUUCAGUAGUCUAGCAACGGGUUUCCGCCGUACCUCCUCCUUGGACCAGAGGCCAGACCAGACACACAUUGUAAAUGGCCCAGCAGACACUGAAAAUGAGCCACUCACCCAGUGUCCCAUUCACCCUGCAGGUGCUACAGACUGCCCAGUUCAUCCAGCCGCAGGAGUUCAUGGAACCACAGAAUGCCCCCUUCACUCAAAUGCAGGAGACAUGACCAUGGACUGCCCCCUUCAUUCUGUGGAGACUAGCAACAGCCCAGACUGUCCUGUACACACUUUGGCAGAGGCUCCAGAAUGUCCAAUGCACUCUACAGGGGCACAGAGUGGCCUCAGCAACAAUGAAUGCCCCAUGCAUGGGAUGGAGACGCAGGCUAAACCUUCUCCUGAGUGUCCACUUCACACCUCAGGUGUUCAAAUCAGCAUCAGUGCCCCUGAGCCAGACCCCCAGGAGCAGGAGGCAGAGACAGGAAACCAACAGUCAGGGGAGCUGGCAGGAGGAGACGUGGGCAGCAUGACAGCCUCAAGAGAAUCCCUUGCCCGGUACCAUGGAAGUGAUGGAUGCGGAGUGAUAUCCUCGAACAAUACCCUCUCUCAUGUGCCUCGUACCUCAAUUUUUAAGCGCCCCGGUAGAAAGCGCCGCCACGGGGAUGAGACUUUUGACCAUGACAUCUCUGCAUUUUUCCCUGCCAACUUGGAUUUCCUUGCCCUACAGGAAGUGUUUGACCAUAGUUCAACUACUCGACUGCGGCAGCAGUUGCAUCGCUACUUCCCCUAUGUGCUGAGUGAUGUUGGGCGGUACGGCUGGAAAGGCUGCUGUUCCAGGUUCAAAUUCCUAAACAGUGGCCUGUUGCUAGCUAGUCGCUACCCAAUCCUGGAUGCACGCUAUGAGUGUUACCCCAAUGGAAGAGGAGAGGAUGCAUUGGCCGCCAAAGGAGCACUCUUUGCCAAGGUUCAUGUGGGCAUCUCCCAUCAAGAGCAAAGGGUUGUGGGAUAUCUCACAUGCACCCAUCUCCAUGCCAUAGAAGGUGAUGCCCCUGUGCGAUGUGAACAGCUGGACUUGUUGCUCCAGUGGGGGGCAGAGUUCCGCCAAGCUUCAUCACAUCAUCCUGAAGGGAAAAAAGUUCUUGAAGACCUUGUGGCCUUUGACGUCCUUCUGGGUGACCUCAACUUUGACAACUGCUCUUCAGAGGACAAGUUGGAACAACAGCAUGCACUUUUUUCUUUUUACAAGGACCCGUGCCGCCAGGGACCAGGAGAGGACAAACCAUGGGCUCUGGGUACCCUGCUGGAUCCCAGUGGACUUUAUGAUGAUGAGGUCAGUUCACCGGAAAGUUUACAAAAAGUGAUGGAGAACGAGGAGGGCAGAAAGGAGUACUUGGUGUUUCCUCCGAGCAAAAGCCAGUGUCCCUCCAGCAGCCAGAAAGGAAGGAACAUUCCACUGAAAGGCAAUGGACGUCGGAUUGACUACAUCCUGUACAGUGACGAGGGCCUGCAGCAGGAGUGGAAAUUGGAACUAGAGGAGUUCAACUUUGUAACACAGUUGGCUGGCCUCACGGAUCACCUGCCUGUGGCCAUGCGAUUGGCUGUCUCCACAGGGGAGGAGGAGUCUUAGAUUGACCACCUGCAUUGGUCAAAAAUACUGCCAUUUAAGGAUCACGGACAACGAAGAUGAACGGAUUAUGUUUUUAUGGAAAAGGAGCAUCUUGUGAAGGAUAAUAAUUUUACGUGGGCACAACAGAAGAUAAUCCCGCUGUUAGGGAAUAUACAAAAAUACAAAAGAAAGAAAGACUGAUGUGACUGAGAGUUGGGGCAAUUGCAAAAUAAGAAGAGUAAUCUCACCUCCACCCUGCACACGAAUACACGUAAUUGUCAUUGGAGUGUCUGAUACCAUCUGACAUUUCUGCUGCUCGCCCUGUGGACAACACAUCCCCUAUUGCACUCCAACAAUGAAUACAGACAGUAGUUACAAGUAGUUUGUUAGUUAGCGAGAAAUUUCCUCAUUCACGUAUGGCGUUGGGGCUUACAAAUGGAAGGAUGUCGCCAUUUUUAAUUUAUCGCGGCGUUAUCCAUUUACAUCGUAGUGACUCAAACAGCAUGAAAAAAGUGCACCUUAAUCCGGAUCUGCACAAACAUUUACUGGAUUACAACGUUACUUGGACCGCGCACCACAGCUCGAAAAAGUGGUGGGAAUGGUCGAGUCGUCUUUUAUCUGACGAAUUAUGAUAAUUUUAUGCUUGGUGGAGGAAAUAAGAGUAAUGCCUGCAGCUGCUAACUGGCUUCUACAAUAACAAUGAUCUAUGUCACUAUGUCAUGUUCCUAUCCCAAAAUGUUACUGGUCUGUUCAAUUAUUCAUUUACCUUACCUGUCGCUCACCUCAACAAGUGUCUUCUUUAACAACUAACAAAUACAAAGAAAAUGGAAUAAAAUUAAAAUAGUGUGAUUUCUACUGUUUUGUAGGGGCUUAAAUACUUGUUUAAUACAAUAUAACCCAUUUUUAAAUGAAUAACUACAGGUAUAUGAUGUAAAGAUAGAGGAACAGUAGUCCUUGUAGCAUGUUUUACAACUUUGAUAAGGGAAAUAAAGAGAGGACAUUUUUAAGCUUCGUUGAUGCAUGAUGGAAAAUGGUAUCUGUUUACAAUUUUAAUAUAGCAACUUAAUGAUACAUGGUCGCUUGAGUUUGGCUAUGUAACGACUUUGGAAUAUGUCCGAGACUUCCACACACUCACAGCUACUGUGCACCAAUGCAGCUCUCCUAAAUGUUAAACUCCGCCAGGUUAGUGUUACCUGACAUUGCCAUAUAUUCUCUAACAGCCAUAUCGGAGAUCCUGGUUUAUUAUGAUAAAUGUGGCCCCACGUGGUUUGAGCCAGAUGAAAAGAGGAUGUGGGGUCUAUACAAAGGCUCGCGUGGCAACAAAUAACCCCUUUUGAGUACUAGAGAAUACAAUAUUGGGUUUUUACCUAGUUAUUUUCUAUUUAUGUUCUUCUGAGUGGCCUAUGAGGAUGUCACAAAUAGAGAUGAGAAAAAAAAUACUCUACACCAUUGCUUCCAUUCAGAGUAACCGACUUUUUCACUCGUAAACUAGACCAUUCCAAUGGUGACUUAAAUGUUACAUCGUCUUGCUUUUCAGGUUUUUAUUACAAUAGGUGUUCUACACGUCAGUGAGCUACUAAUAACACAGGAAGAAACAUUUCUGAAUUGUAUUUGUGAAACAUGAACAAUAACAUAAUCAAUUCAGGUUAACAGAUUUGAUUUGUGAUAUCUGGUCUUUGAACAAUUUACCAUCUGCUUGUUUGUCUGUGUGUUUGUUUGUUUGUUUGUUUGUUUGUUUGUUUGUUUGUUUGUUUGUUUGUUUUGGCACUAAAUGAGAAAUUGAUACAAAUGUGUGUGCACGUGUGACAUAAUUUUACACAUUUCAGUGCAUAUAAAUCGUUUCCCCAAAUGAAAGGUAACAGAGGACCAUUUCCAUAUUUAUAUUGUAAUGUGGGUUAAACCAUUACAGUGUGCUCUAAUCAGAUCUACAUACACUCUUGCCACCCGACUGCUCGUAACUCUCCUUUCAGGACACACAUGAAUGUUAUUAUUGAUGUAAUGGCAGUCUCAAUUUGAAAAUCUGUUGUAAACAUAUUUUUUUCCCAAAAUGCUUACGUUUGAGUGUCACAAUUUUUGAAUCACAUUCUUUGGUAAGAGCAAAGAUUCUAAAUUGGAUCUAACCUUUCGCUUGUAUGAUUUGCGAUACCAAAUAAAUCUGUCCUGAUGUGAAUAUGUUGAUAUGUUUAGUUAAGGAGUAGGGUGUAGUGUGCUGAAGCUACAAUAACUUUUUCAUAUUUGGGGCGUCAUAAAUAAUACAAUCUCAUGAUAAUUGCUUACACCUUUGUGGAAGGUAGAAAGAUGUGGAGGAAUUCAGAGUUUUUUUUAUGUGACUUUAGUGAGUGUAUUUUGGCGACUAAUAACACAGUGGGUGAAGAAUUUGAUCGGUGCAAAUAUAAAGUAUAAGAAUACACUGUAAGUCUAGUUAACCAUGUACCACGUAUGCUGAGUAUUACCUCUCAAUGAGAAUGACAACAAUGUCAACAUGCCAUACGUCUUAUCAUCUUUGUUAAAUCACAAUCUCUUGUGCAUACAGUACAACCUCUUCAGCGCGUUGGCGCUUAGUGCUGUUGGGUUCACAUAAGAUUAAGGUCAAAGCCUGCAUAGUUUCUUACAGACAUCAAAUGGUGCCUUGCGCUGUAAUCAGGUUCGGUAGAGUCCAUGUAGAAUAAUCCAGUUGGGUCAAACUAUAGAUUACCACUAAAAUUGUCCAUGGAAUUCACUUGAUAGAAGCAUUUUUUUUUUUUUUUUCAAUUAUCAGCGAUUCAGCCAGGGCCCAAUGAAAAAGACAUCACUUUUUUCUAUUGCAUUGAUUUUGGCCUUCCCAUUUUCUAUGGUCCUUGUGAGUCAUGGUUUCUUAGGAUUGCCAUGACUUUCAACAAUUAUAUAGAGGAAUUUUAUCUCGCAAAUAUUAACUAACCUGCAGUGUGAGCCAAACAACAACACAUUAAUUUUUCGCUUUUCGAGCUGCAUUAAGUGUUACAUACUGUACCUUUAGGCUUGUCAUCAGAUUAGAAGAGAUGUUUCGCUUCACUCUCCUUUGUAACUUUGUCUUCUGCAAUCUUUUAAUGUUGAUAUUUUUAAAUGACUUGUGUCUCUUUUUUUACUGGGGUUGUCAUGCUUGGUCUCAGUCACAUAACUGAGUAAUCCCUUUUUUUUUCUUUAAUAAAGUUUGUUUGCUUUAA